UAGGUUCCUUUGUGUUUCUAUUUAUGAUUACUUCGGUGUCUCUUCUGUUUGUACAUUACCAUGGUAUCAGCUCAAGACAACGGCACCCUUUUCUAUUCCUAUUAGACAACAAGAUAAACACCUGCAGAUAUAUAAAAAUAAGGCCAUUUCCUUUUCAUUUCAUCACUUUCCAUCAUCCUAUGAAUUUUUUUUAUAUGAUGAUAGACAAUGAACAUGUUGCAUAUUUUUGCAAAUUUGAGUGUCCUAGGUUGAGUUUGUGCCACUUCUAGGUAGAGAAAAGCUGAAUAUUUUGUUCAUGCUUUUUAAUUUAAUAUUUUGUUGAGUGGGAAUUCCAUUUCAGCUAGGGGAGAUUUUGGUUAUGAAUUCUCUUAAUUGAGACAAGUGGAAAGAGCUUUGUAAAGAAUAAAGAUGUGCUUUUUUUUAUAUUUCUUUUUCAGUUCUUGAGAGAAAUUUUGGCUAGUUUGAGAAAUUUUAUUUAUUGCUUUAUUCAUUUUUUUUGGUUUUGGGUAAUUGGGAUUACCAAGUUUUGAUGAUUAUGUUUUUGGGUAGAUUGAGAUGUGGUGUGUAAUUGAUAAGAAUCAACAGGACAAGACAGAAAGACACAACAAUUCCGGAUGAAUUGAUAAGCCAUGGACCUUGUUCUUGUAGUGCUUCAAUGUCCUUGUUUCUUGUUUGAUCCUCGUUAGUAAUAGAGAGAAAAUUCUUAGUAACUGAAUUCUUUUAUAUUUCGUUGGCUAGAAAGUUGAAUUGGAAUGUUGAGUUUCUCAGUUUAACGUAAUUCUCUUCAGAAGAGGAAGAAAGAGUCUUUUUAGAAGAGUCUCUUAACUGUUUUCAACCAUCUUUCAUCUGUUUUAGCAUGGCUGUGGUGAGUCCUAUGCCUGCAACUCCACCACAGGUCAAUCCUGUGAACUUGCUUCGUAAUACUGGGGUUCCUGGAAUCAUGACUAGUAGGAGAGAAAUUGUAAAUGAACCUAGUCCAAGUAUGGUUAAUGAGACAAUCUAUGUUGCCGUGGCAAAAGAUGUGAAAGAUAGCAAAUUAAAUCUGAUAUGGGCAAUACAGAACUCUGGAGGAAGGAGAAUUUGCAUCCUUCAUGUUCACGUGCCAGCACCUAUGAUCCCCUUGGCCUUGAUGGGUGCCAAAUUUCCUGCAAGUGCGCUGAGAGAGGAGGGAGUUCAAGAUUACCACGAAAGAGAAAGACUAAAAAUGCACAAGACUCUGGAUGCUUACCUUUUUAUCUGUCAAAGGAUGGGGGUUCGUGCAAGGAAACUACUACACAUUGAAAUGGAUUGCAUAGAAAAAGGAAUUGUUGAACUCAUCUCCCGGUAUGGCAUACAGAAACUUGUAAUGGGAGCAGCAUCUGAUAAGUACCAUUCAAGGAGGAUGACAUCCCUCAGAUCUAAGAAAGCUAUAUAUGUAUGUGAACAAGCUCCAGCUUCUUGUCAUAUACAGUUUAUCUGCAACGGCUACCUCAUACAUACAAGGGAUUGCAGUUUGAAUAGAGGGAAUGUAGAGGUUGAAUUUCCUUUGUUGCAGCAAAUGGCAAACUCUGAAGUUGGACAUUCACCUAACUUGAGUUUCCAAUCAAUUUUGCAAGGGCAAAACCAUGGGAUAAAAUUAACUAAUCCAGCUCAAGAGUUAUUUCGUAGAGUAAGGUCUGUUAAUGAUGGACAUAUGAGAAGCCUUGAAUCUGUUUCUUCUUCAGAAGGGUUUUUAACUCCACCAAGCAAGUUCAGUAAAAACAUAAGUUCUAUUGAACCAGGAUUGACCCCAAAUUUGAUUAAUGAUGGAAGUGAGAAUGCAUUAGACUUGAUUUUGAAUGACCCUUCUCUGAUUAACAAGGAUCUUCAUCAUUCAUCAUCUCCUAGUGUACUGCAGGAUGAAGGAAUGGAUGAUGCUCUCUAUCAUCAACUUGAACAAGUAAUGGCUGAGGCUUCGAAUGCUAGGCGUGAUGCAUAUCAAGAAACUGUUAGGCGCGGUAAAGCUGAAAAAGAUGCUAUUGAUGCUAUUCACAGGGCUAAAGCCACUGAAAACUUGUACAAAGAAGAGCUGAAACUAAGGAAAGAACAAGAAGAAGCAGUAGAAAAAGCAAAUGAAAAACUUAACAAUAUGAAGAGCCAGACAGACAAAGUUAAUGAGGAACUCCGACUUGCCUUAGAUCAGAACUCAUCACUAGAGAAUCAAAUUGCAUCAACUGAACUUAUGGUAAAGGAGUUGAAGCAAAAGAUUAUAUUUUCCUUGGACCUGUUACAAAACUACAAGGAUGAGCUAGAUGAUUUGCAAAUACAGCGUGAUAAUGCAGUGGGAGAGGCUGAGGAGUUUAGGAGAAAACAAGGGGAAGCCUCAUCAAGCACACAGGAGCUUCACUGCUUCUCAGAUUUUUCCUUUCAAGAGAUUAAAGAAGCAACAAGUAACUUCAAUCCAUCCAAGAAGAUUGGAGAAGGUGGAUAUGGAAGUAUAUUUAAAGGUGUCUUGCGUCACACUGAGGUGGCUAUAAAAAUGUUGAAUCCUGACAGCACGCAAGGACCUUUGGAGUUUCAACAGGAGGUUGAAGUAUUGAGCAAGUUAAGGCAUCCCAAUCUUAUCACACUUAUAGGAGCCUGCACAGAAUCUUGGACUCUUGUGUAUGAGUAUUUACCUAAUGGAAGCCUUGAAGAUCGUCUCAACCGCAAGGAUAACACACCUCCACUAUCAUGGCAAACUCGAAUUUGCAUUGCUGCAGAACUUUGUUCUGCUCUCAAUUUUCUUCACUCCAAUAAACCUCACAGCAUAGCGCAUGGCGACUUAAAACCCGCCAACAUUCUCCUCGAUGCAAACCUUGUUAGCAAGCUCAGUGACUUUGGAAUCUGCCGUAUAUUAUCUUGUCAAGACAGUUCCAGUAAUAGUACUACACAGUUUUGGAGGACUGUUCCAAAGGGAACUUUUGUGUAUGUGGAUCCUGAAUUCCUUGCUUCUGGUGAACUUACACCAAAGUCAGAUGUUUAUUCAUUUGGAAUCAUUUUAUUGAGAUUGAUGACUGGGAAACCAGCCCUGGGAAUAAUAAAGGAAGUGCAAUAUGCAUUAGAUGCUGGAAAGUUGAAAUCCAUCUUGGAUCCUUUGGCUGGAGAAUGGCCAUUUAUGCUGGCUGAAGAGCUGAUUCGCUUGGCUUUGAGGUGUUGCGAGAUGAAUCGGAAGAACCGGCCAGAACUUUAUUCAGAUGUUUGGAGGAUACUGGAACCAAUGAGGGCUUCUUCAGUAGUCACAAACACCUCUCAACUGGGUUCUCAAAGGCUAUGCCAACCUCCUCCUUAUUUUAUUUGUCCAAUCUUUCUGGAAGUCAUGCAAGAUCCACAUGUAGCUUCGGAUGGUUUUACUUAUGAAGCUGAGGCUAUACGCGAAUGGCUGGAAAGUGGUCGUGACACUUCACCAAGGACAAAUUCCAAGCUUGCUCAUCACAAUCUUGUUCCCAACCACGCUCUUCGCCAUGCGAUCCAGAACUGGCUUCAAAGUCAAUGAUCAAGUUUCUCAUUUUUUGAUUAAAUUGUAGCUCUACUUCUUUAUAUUAAGUUUAUAGGAGAAUUUGUUAUCAUACCAGUCUUUAAAAUAUGUAAACCACGUUUUGUAUAGCCAUCAUGUUGUUUAGGUUCUAUUUGUGCGCUUCUUUCUACCUUCAGUUAUUGUAACAAGGUAGCAUAUCAUGUAUAUAUGGAUAAACACUAUCUUAUGUAGUUAUCUUUAGCAGUUGGUGGUAAUGCUACUGCUAAUCUUAAUAUGAAUCAUUCAAAGA